AUGACGGAGGGAAUGACUACACGAUCUCGGGUUGUGGAGGAGAGCAUCCAUCAUCUCAACGACCGCCAGGAUGCGCUGCUCGCUAAGAUGGAGGACCUCUGUGGCUCUGUUCAGCAGUAUGCGGAGCUCUUUGAUACUAUCCAAAAAUCUUUGGCAACUCAACAAACGGUGAUGUCCGACAUGAUGUUCAAGUUAUCAAAGAUUGAACGAGGCCCUCCGCCUCCCUUACUGUCAUCACCCCCGGUGUCGCCCGGAACGGGAUACCCUCAUCUUAUGGCGGCAUCCUCGGCAGUGGGCCAUCCAUCGCAACCACUAGCACGCCUCCCUAAGUUGGAGAUUCCUCUCUUCACGUGUGAGAACCUUUCAUAUGACCCUGCGCCCGCUAUUCAAUGGUACCAUUGGCUAUUUGCUACUGACCAGUUGACAACAUGGAGCGCCUUUGUCCGCCUGGCGGAUAUAUGUUUUGGUCCAUCCAAGUAUGUGAACCAUGAGGCUCGUCUUUACAAACUCCGGCAACAGUCCUCUGUCAUGGUGUAUAUGUCCGAGUUCGAAUGCUUAUCGACGAGAGUCAUGGGGUUACGACCCAACAGUCUAUUAAAUUGCUUCCUGUCGGGGUUACGCAAGGACAUACAGCGCGAGCUGUAUACCUUACAACCGGAGACAUUAGCCGACGCGAUGGGCCUAGCUAAAAUCAUUGAGGAUAAGUGUAAUGCUGCACGGGCUGCCUUGGGACCGCCACGCUUGCCCUUCCGGGCCUUGCCUAUGGGCAAUACCGGCCUCCCAACGCCGGGAGUCCCGCGCUUCCCUGCACCACCAACCACAUUACCCAUCAAGAAGCUAACUCCGGCUGAAAUGGCCGCGCGGAGGAAACGAGGCCUCUGUUUUAACUGUGAUUCACCAUUCACACGAGGUCAUCGUUGCAAUCCCCCACAAUUUUUGUGUCUCCUGGUAGAUGAGGGCACGGAGUCUCCAGAGGAGGUUCUCGAACCGGAUCCGGUCCCUCUAGAGGUUCCAGCAGAGUCGCCCCCGGCAGAGCCACCUUCGGAGGAGAUACCCAGUAUCUCGUUCCAUGCUUUCACAGGUGCUCUCGUGCCAUCGACUCUGAAGAUUGCAGGCAUAAUUAAUGGCAAGCGUGUCACGGUGUUGAUCGACGGAGGCUCUACAAACAAUUUCCUCCAAACUCGCUUGGCAUCCCACUUGGGUUUAACUACCCAUGUUGCUUCUCAACUAACGGUGACGGUGGGGAAUGGAGAACAGCUGCAAUGUGGCGGGGAAUGUUUACAGGUUCCUUUAAAGCUAGGCGAGGCCUUAUUUCCGGUCGAUCUCUUGCUUCUUCCGGUAUUCGGCGCCGACGUGGUCCUCGGGGUGCACUGGUUAGCCAGGAGGGGACCUACACUCUUUGAUUACAAAAAUCUAUGGAUGGAGUUUGACCACCAUGGAGCUCGAGUACGUCUGCAUGGCUUGCCCAUGGCAUGCGGGGAUAUGGUUUCCCCGGCCUCUUUACGUCGAGACGCUCUCGGGCAUACUGGCAGUCAAUAUUUUCAUCUCUCCGUAACUUGGACGGACGAUCAGAGACCACCUGCGGGGUUUUUCGUUUCUGCUGAUAUCUCAGCCCCACUGGUCUUCGUUGACCAACUGAAUCAAUUAAUUCGACAUUUCACUGAUAUAUUCUCCAUCCCUACAGGACUUCCACCUGCGCGAUCAUUCGAUCACAGAAUUCGCUUACAGCCGAAUACCUCGCCAGUGAAUGUGCGGCCCUGCCGCUACCCUCAUUUCUAGAAGGGAGAGAUCGAGCGCCUCGU